AUGCCGGCACUACAAAAGAUCAAGGUCGAAAACCCGGUCGUAGAGAUGGACGGCGACGAGAUGACUCGGAUCAUUUGGCACAAGAUCAAGGAGGAGCUGAUCUUGCCCUUCCUCGAUAUUGAUCUGAAGUACUACGACCUGAGCAUCGAGAAUCGGGAUGCGACAGAUGAUAAGGUCACCGUCGAAGCAGCCGAGGCGAUCAAGAAAUACUCCGUCGGCGUCAAGUGCGCCACGAUCACCCCAGACGAGGCCCGUGUCGAUGAGUUCAAGCUGAAGAAGAUGUGGCUCAGCCCCAACGGCACCAUUCGCAACAUCCUUGGCGGGACUGUUUUCCGAGAACCUAUCGUGCUCGAAAAGAUUCCGAAACCGGUGCCUGGUUGGACCAAACCGAUCUGCAUCGGCAGGCACGCUUUCGGCGACCAAUAUCGCUGCCAGAACUUUGUCGCUCCCGGGCCCGGUAAGUUCACCAUGACCUACACGCCGUCGGACGGCGGCGAUGUCAAGACGUGGGACAUCUUCAACUUCCCCGAGGGCGGCGGCGUCGGCCUUGGUAUGUAUAACACCACAGCCUCCAUCUCCGGCUUUGCGCACGCAUCGUUCAAGAUGGCCUUGGACAAGAAGAUGCCGCUGUACAUGAGCACCAAGAACACUAUCCUCAAGGCCUACGACGGCAAGUUCAAGGACACAUUCCAGGAGAUCUACGAGAAGGAGUACAAGGCCGACUUUGAGAAGGCUGGCCUUUGGUAUGAGCAUCGUCUCAUCGAUGACAUGGUCGCGCAGGCCAUCAAGUCCGAUGGAGGAUUUGUGUGGGCACUCAAGAACUACGAUGGCGACGUGCAAAGCGACAUUGUCGCGCAAGGCUUUGGCUCCCUCGGCAUGAUGACUUCCGAGCUCAUCACCCCCGAUGGCCUCAUCAUGGAGUCGGAGGCAGCGCACGGCACUGUCACCCGCCACUACCGCGAGCACCAAAAGGGCAACGAGACGAGCACUAACUCGGUCGCGUCGAUCUACGCCUGGACGCGUGGUCUCAAGUUCCGCGGUAAGCUCGACAAGAAUGACAAGCUGGUCAUGUUCGCCGAGCAGCUCGAGUCUGCCUGCAUCGAAACCAUUGACCAGGACGGCGUCAUGACCAAGGAUCUGGCACUCGCCAUCCACGGCAAGGGCAUGAAGCGCGAGCACUACGUUACCACCACCGGCUUCCUCGACCACGUUAGAGAGACGCUGAAGAAGAAUCUUCUGACAAAGGGCGUCGCAGUUGGAAAGCUGUAG